AUGUCGAGCAUCGAGGUCAAAGAUUCCGACAUUGCGGUCCUCAUUGCUGCUAUUCAGAGCUCGAUUGGGCCAAUCCAGGUUGAUGCCGAAAAGGUCGCAAAGCAACUUGGCAUGAGCCUGUCCAGCAUCCCUCCCAAGUUCACGGCGAUUCGCAAACGCUACAACAUCGACAUCAAGGUCGUCAACUCUGGCGCUCUCCAGAAGAAAAAACCGAAUAGCCCCAAAAAAAGACAGUCUGGCGCUGGUGACCACGAGGUCAGACGCCUCAAGUCUGAGGCUCAAGAUGUCGGCCAGAGCCAGCACGGUGGUUUGCUUCUGGAGCAAUACGCACAGCCAAAUUUCCACCAGGGCCAAAUGUGA